AUGUGUGCCAUAGCGACUGUGGCAAAGAGUUUCCAUCGCAAGCUGUACUUUGAUCUCGCCAUCUCAGAUGUGUACUUUCCAACUGAAUGGCAAAGGACACAACAUGAGACUGUGCGCAAGAUGAUGACCUCCACGAGCGCACGGCCAGGAACUCUGCUUUGGGCUUCCGGGUGCUGCAAGAAGAAGAAAGAUGCACUCUGCUGGGGGGACACUGAGCUGUUCAUUGUUAUUGACCCCGAGCGCCCUAACUGCAAGGUUCUCCUUAUGAGAGUGCGGCACCGACUCAAUAAGGGUAAAAGGAACAAGGGAAGAGCGACGUCUUCCAGUUUGCCUUUGAAGAUGACGCCUUCAGCAGCAACAGGAUCCAAGAAGCCCAAGAUAUCUGAUGUUCCUGCUCACAGGAAGAGUGUGCCAAUCCAUUUCAAGAAAGAAAUGGAGCGUAUACCGAUAUUCCAAUCUACAACUCGAGAUAAAGAGGGGAACUGGAUCACCCACCCCACAGAACCUCUUACCUAUACACAGUUCUGUGAAGAUGAACGCAGGCUCGAUAGAGCUUGGGGCGCGGCGGACAAUGGAAGUCCUUACAAAUAUCGGAAAAGUAAUGCAGCCGCUAUAGCAGAUGCUAUGAUCAGGCUCUCCACCAACUCAAGCAUCACUCGUGAUCCAUCAGCACCACGCGGCCUGACACCCGCUCAGAGGCGGAGUGUUGAAGGAGGCCCAAACCUGAUGGCACUUGAGAGAGACUGCAUAGAGUUUCGGGACGCAUUGAUUACAGAAUAUGGUACACUAAGUAAAAUAAAGGACAUGACCAUACUCCAGGACUAUCGACAGCGAUGCAACAAACGGGGAGGGUUGUCCAUACAACCUUGGCACCUCCUCAUUCUGCCUAAACGGAAAGCCUUGGUCGCAAUUGAGUUCCAGAAUCGUGAUGUGAACACUGUUCCCGAUGAAGAGCUUAUGGAAGAUCGUAUAAAGUCCCUAGACCUUCGCCUAACUUUAAGCCGCCUGACCAUUCCUAGGCACCUUGCCUCAAGACCAAAAGCCCUCGCUGAAGACAUUUUGUCCAAUGAUAAGUGGAGCCCGAGUGGUCUGGAAUGCCCACUAUGUCUAAACCAUGACAGUUUCCAUCCGCAAGUACAGCAAUUCAGCUACUGCAACAAGUAUGUGCUGAGACGCCAUAAAGAGAAGACCCAUCUGCAGCAUAUGGACUUUUCCAAGGCAAUACGGUGUUCAUAUCUUGAUUGUGGGAAACUUCUGACCUCCGCGGAACAAUCCUCUGCCAUUUCACAACUGCGCAUGGGACUCAGUUGCCAAUGGGGUGGCGCCACACUUGACUACAACAAUGCACUCCAGUUAUUAGAGUAG